AGCGUUGCUGUUCCUUUUUUUAGUUGGUAUGUUGGGAUUUGACGAAACAUCAAGUAAAAGAUAUCGUUUAUCUUUUGAAAUGCAUGGAAGCCCCACGGACAAUUUGUUAAGAGAUUGCAAGUACAGGAUGGUUCGAAUACGACAUCUUUAUAAAAUACUCAUGGAAAUUGGGUUGGUACAGUUGGCACAAGAAGUUCUCGGAGAUUUUGACACAGAAGAAGAGUUGACACCACAGUCGUACAAUGUAAACGGAAUGCCAUCAUACCAGUCAAGAUUAGCCAAUCCAGGUGAAAAGAUGUCUUCUGUUGCUGAUCGAAAGCCAGAACAAGCAACAUCAUCCAAACGUGAACAAUGGUCAGGAUUGGAUACCUACCAUUUUCACUACAGUGACAUCAAACAAGGAACAAAUAAUUUCAGUCGCGCACUUGAACUUGGGGCAGGGGCUUUUGGGAAAGUAUAUAAAGUGACUCUGAGAAACACCUUAUUUGCAUGUAAAGUACUAAAAAUUGACAAGGAAAACCCUCUGACCACUUCAAUAAUUGAAACUCACAGAAAACACGACGACCUUCGCAAUGAACUCAAUUACUUGGCUGAGUAUCGACACCCGAAUGUGAUUAGUUUAUAUGGGUGGUCAUUAGAUGGGCCCGACCCAUGUCUCGUAUAUGAAUUCAUGAGCAAUGGCUCGUUACAAGAUAGACUUCAAUGCUCGGGGGACUCAAGGCCGUUAACCUGGGAACAACGCGUGAAAAUAUCUUGUGGGGCGGCAAGAGGUCUUCAAUUUUUACACACUUCUAAAUCCAAGCCAUUGAUUCACGGCGACAUAAAAACGGCAAACAUAUUGCUGGAUGAAAGCUACACUGCCAAGUUAGGAGACUUUGGUUUGGCUCGAGAAAUGCCAAGGAAUGCUUCAACUGGAAGUUACAUAAGGCUGGAUAACGAGCAUACACCUGGCACACUUGGAUAUUUAGCAAAUGAAUAUAUCACCACAAAGCAACUGUCUGUUAAAGUAGAUACAUAUGCUUUCGGAGUGGUUUUACUUGAGUUGUAUACUGGACGUAGAGCGUACGACAGAAAUACAGAAACUCCACUACUGAGAGAUUAUAUGCAUGAGAUCGCGUAUGAAUCUUCGGAAAUUGGUGAAGAAAAAGCACGAAAAAAGCUGUUAAGUUUACAAGACCCAAGGAUUGCAGCAUUAUCUGUUGAAAAUGCUUUAAAAUAUGUUUGUCUGGCACUCAAGUGUUGCCACGAAAAGAGACAAAAACGACCCAAAAUGGAUGUAACCUUAAAACAAUUGGUAGAAAUAGAUGAUGCAAUUAGUUCACAGAACAAGGCUCCAACAUAUCUGCCUGAACCAUACAAGUACAGACCAAGGAUGCCGCAUUCUCAAAUUUCAAGGAAAUCUCCCACAGAAACUGAUGAUAAUUCACUUCUGCCAAAAAUCCCAACACCAAGUCCAAAUAUGAAAAAAGCAGAUCAGUCAAUGGCACAAGCAGCAAGCACUCCUGUUCCCCAUUCACCAAGCGAUCAGUUCGAUCAACUUAUCCGUCAUCCUCCAUCCUCUAGCGAUGAAUCCGACUGCAACGGUCGUUCAUCCGUUGCCACCUCCAACCAUAGUUAUUACUGCUACCCACCAGUUCAACAUUCUUCAUACCCAGCACAUUUACAGUCAGUGCAGGACUCUUCCACACAAAGCAUGGUUGACUCUAUGCUCUCCUCCCACAUUCAUAGUGAGAGUAUCAUGGACAGCAAGAGCGAUAUCUACGCUCCUGGUCCGUACAAUUCCCCCAUACACCCUGUACCUCCUGGGCCACCAGAUAACCCUUUUCGCUUGGAUUUAAGUCGCCUUCCAAAGACCCCUAUGUACAACAAUGCCCCAAAUCUCCCGAACAGACAGACAUCAAAAUGCACUACUGAGGAGGAAUGUACCGCUGAAACUUUUACCAGCCUUGAUUUGAAUGGAGAUACUAAACCACCUUAUCAGCAACCAAACAAGUUUAUGUCAAGGGAAGCAGAUCUCUUCACCACAAGCUCAAAAGCCACAACUCCACAACCGGAUUCCUUUCAGUUUACCAGUGCAUCUAACACACAAGGUCCUUACCAUUCAGAGUACAGUACCUCGUACCCACCUGUCAGCAUCAACCCUUGCAAGGAAUCAAUCAUUGAUCAGUUAAAAAGUGGUGCUGACAGUUACACACAAAUAUUCAAAGACAACCAAAGCCACAGAGUCCCCACAGAAAGCAGCACUGAUUACUGACAAUACUGACUACACAAGUUUAUAAAUGAGGUGCAAACAUUGCCAUUAACAGUGACAUUUUGUACAUAGUCAAUGUUAAUAUGUUCCUUCAUUGUGCAACAAACAAUACCAUUAUACACAAACAAUCACGCCUGCGUGUUCAACUUCCUGUUGCGAGCAACAAACUGUUGUAUUAUAUAAAGCCUGGUGUAUUUUUUGUAAGGUAAAAUUUUCCCAUUUUACUUCUUUUUUUUAAAUUUUCAUGUAUUGCAAUAAUGUCAUCCUUUUUUUGAACUGUGAUACACAAGAACAGUAAGAGAUUGGAACUCGUCCAUUAUUUUUAAAUGUGAGAUGUAUGUUGUGCAGUUUUGUUAGAUUUCUUCCAUGUUAAGUUCCAUAACCGAAUGCACUUUCAUUUAGAAUUUAGAUCAAUAACUUUUGGAUUAACUUUUUGGACCCUGCACUACUUUUUCAAGUCUGCAGCUUCCAUGUAAAGGAUGGUUGUAGUUCUCUAAAUACAUAUGCAUGGUACAGAAUGAUUGCGGUACAUGUUGUUAAUAUCAUCAUCUUAAAUACACAUUCUGUUACUGAA